GGGUCAAAAAAAUCGAAUAAUUUUUUUUUGACUUUAUACUCUGAAAAAUAGGUUCGUAGACACCUAAAAAGAAUUCUCUCCAAGUAUGAGCUCUUAAUUAUAACGGGAAGGUCCUCCGCUUUGCGGGUUUCUAUUUUUUUCGAAUAAUCAGAUAAAAAAAUUUAUAUCUCGCUUCCAACUGCUUGGAAAAAUAUUCCGUGGCAUAGACUUUGUAAGAAAUUGAACGCUCUACAAAAAAGGUCUCUUAUGAUUUUUUCAAAAACCUAACCGAUUAAAAGAUAUUUCUAGUUGAAGUUUGGCUAUUUUAAGGAAAAUAUUCGUUUUUAUUAUGAAUUUUAUAAGUCGAUGAAAAAAAAUUAUUUCGGAUUGCGGAACUCAUGAUUUUGUAGGAAAUUUACUGCUCUACAAAAAUGGUCUCUUAUGAUUUUUUGAUUAAGUGAAGCCGUUACGAGAUAUUCAUCGUCAAACAUUAACGAAUAUCAAUAUUUCCAGUUUUUGAUCAAUAAUUCGAUAAAUUUUAAUUUAAACUAUGAGUUUCAGGAAAAUUUACAUAAAUUUAAAUUUCUAUCAUAAAAGUCACUCCUACAGGAGUUAUUUGUUCAAAAAUUCACUAAGAAGUUUUUGUUCUAAUGAUAUUUUUUGUAAGCUUUAUUUGUAAUAAUUUAAAAUGUCAAUUGCAUUGGCAUUUCAUAUUAUUACGGUUGUUUAGUAUGUAUUUUCAAAUUUUAUUCUACCAAUUAUACAUAAAUUUUUUGUGAGAGAGGCUUUUGUUCUGAAUUACAUUACUUCUUCUGUUGGUACUCUAACGCUAGCGCCACCUAUGUUGUUUUUCUUAACUAUCUUCGUUGUCUACUUUUUUAUCAGUACAUUUUCAGUGCUCCAAAAACUCAUCAUUUCGUAUACAUGAUAAUAACAAUUUUUUCGAAAUAAGUCAUUUUCUCAUCAUAUAAAUUCAUUUAUUAUCAAUAAUUCUACAAUGAAUAAAGAAAUACGUUUAAUCGGUAUACCUGUGCAAAAACUCACUGAACGUAAGUUACCAAAAGUGAAAGAGGUUAUGAGAGUGUUUUUCUAUCAACUUAAAGUUUUAAAGUUUUCAAUCAAACAAAGUGCAAAAAAUUCAGCUGACAAGGUUAUUGAAUUGUGGAAAAUAAAUCAGAUCCCUACGAGUGGAGCUUCUAAUGUAGUCAAAAAAAUUCUCCGUUUUCAUAGUGAGUGGUUGAAAUUACUAAAAGAUUUUAAUAAGAAAAGUGAUAAGGUAAAAGAAAAGGAGUUUCAGACUGAUCUUGAACAAUUAUUCGACAUUGUAAGUAAAAAUUCCCUAAAAGGGGUGGAUGAUAACAUUAGGAAGUUGUAUUUGGAUCAAAAAUUCUGUACACACAAAGAGAUUCUUUCGAAUAUUGUACCUGCGUCAAACUCAACUACAGAUAUGAUGGAAAUAGAUGAAAGCAAAUCAUUCUCGACGCAUACAUUAAGUGGAACUACAAAUUCUGGAUCUGAUUUGGAGUAUGAACCCCCAAUUCCGACAAAACGAGCAAAAAUAAAUGUCUUAACUCCUGAAGUCGUUUCUGCACUUGACAGAGCUAAUGUCAGCAGUAGAAACGCGAUGUUCAUUAUUGCUCCGGUUUUAUCAGCUGUUGGUAUAAAAAUUGAAGAUACAACGCUCAGCUAUAGGUCCAUCCAACGAGCUCGUAUGGUUCAAAGAAAAGACAUUGCUCAAGGAUUAAAAGACAAUUUUAAAACACACGAUAAAUACGUAGUGCAUUGGGAUGGUAAAAUGCUGAAUGAUCUAAUUGAAUCCAAAUCUGUGGAACGACUACCGGUUCUUUUAACUGCGUAUGGUACUGAACAAUUACUUGGAGUUCCAAAAAUGAAUUCUGGGACGGCAGUUAAUCAAACAUCCGCCAUUUUAUCAACAUUGAGUGAAUGGGGUAUUAUUAAGUAUGUCAAGGCGAUGUGUUUUGACACUACGGCUGUUAAUACAGGAAUUCACAACGGUACAUGUAAGGAAAUUGAAAAGAUUUUGGGAAGAGAGUUGAUCUGGUUAUCAUGUCGUCAUCACAUUUUUGAGAUCGUAUUAAGGGGCGCAUUUGAAGUAUUUUGGCCUGUGUCAUCUGGGCCAAAUGUACAGAUGUUUGGAAGGUUUAAAAAAUUUUGGGAUGAUAUAGAUAUAACUAAUUAUAAAUCUGGUGUUGAAGAUGCUGUUGUUGCUGAUAUCAUUUCGAAUAAAAAAGAUGAAAUCUCUAGUUUUAUUACGAAAUCUUUACAGUUACUACAACCCCGAGAUGAUUAUAAAGAAUUAUUGUAAUUAUCAUUGAUUUUCCUUGGAGAAAUGCCUCAAGAAAAGAUUUCUUUCAAACGUCCUGGUGCUGUUCAUCAUGCUAGAUGGAUGGCUAAGGCCAUUUAUAGUUUGAAAAUGUAUCUAUUCAGAGAUGAAUUCAAACUCUCUCAGAAAGAAUUGCAUGGUCUUCGUCAUUUCUGUAUUUUUAUAGUCACAUUGUAUUUAAAAGCUUGGUUUUCAUCAACUUCUGCAACAACUGCUGCUUAUCAUGACUUGCAGUUUAUGAAAAAUUUAUUGGAGUACAAACAUAUCAAUCCUUUGAUUUCUUCAGCUA